AUGCCUAGGAAGUGGAUUUCCGUUCUGCUGCUGCUCCAGCUGAGUUGCCACUUCAGCCCUGGGGGCUGUGGGAAGGUGCUGGUGUGGCCACCAGAAUACAGCCAUUGGAUCAACAUGAAGACAAUCCUGGAUGAACUUGUGCAGAGAGGUCAUGAAGUGACUGUUCUGACAUCUUCAGCUUCAAUUCUUAUUGAUCCCAAUAAACCAUCUGCUAUUCAAUUUGAGAUUUUUCCUACAUCUUUAACAAAAGAUGAUAUGGUUUCUUUUUUCAUGAAGAUAAUCAAUAAAUGGACAUAUGAUCUGCCAAAAGAUACAUUUUGGACACAUUUUUCAUUACUGCAAGAAAUGUUUUUGGAAGGUUCUGACAUGGUUGAAAAGCUCUGUAAAGAUGCUGUUUUUAAUAAGAAACUUAUGACCAAACUACAAGAAUCAAGGUUUGAUGUUGUUCUUGCAGAUGCCGUUGUAGCCUGUGGUGAGGUGCUGGCUGAGCUACUUAAAAUACCUUUUGUGUACAGUCUCCGUUUCUCUCCUGGCUAUAAAAUUGAAAAGUUUGGUGGAGGACUCCCAUUCCCUCCAUCCUACGUACCUGUUCUCUUUUCAGAAUUAAGUGAUAAGAUGACAUUCAUGGAGAGGGUAAAAAAUAUGAUCUAUGUGCUCUAUUUUGACUUCUGCCUGCAAAUACAUAAUGAGAAGAAGUGGGAUCAAUUUCUGAAUGAAGCACUAGGAAGACCCAUUACAUUAUUUGAGUUAAUGGGGAAAGCUGAAAUGUGGCUUAUUCGAAGCUAUUGGGAUUUUGAAUUCCCUCGCCCACUCUUGCCAAAUUUUGAAUUUGUUGGAGGCCUCCACUGCAAACCUGCUAAGCCUCUGCCUAAGGAAAUGGAAGAGUUUGCCCAGAGCUCUGGAGAAAAUGGUAUUGUGGUGUUUUCCCUGGGGUCGAUGGUCACUAACAUGACAGAAGAGAAAACCAAUGUGAUUGCAUCAGCCCUUGCCCAGCUUCCACAAAAGGUUAUAUGGAGAUAUGAUGGCAAAAAACCAGAUACCUUAGGGCCAAAUACCCGACUCUAUAAAUGGAUCCCCCAGAAUGACCUUCUUGGUCAUCCAAAAACCAAAGCCUUUAUAACUCACGGUGGAGCCAACGGCAUCUAUGAGGCGAUCUACCAUGGGAUCCCGAUGGUGGGCCUUCCUCUGUUUGCGGAUCAACCUGAUAACAUUGCUCACAUGAAGACCAAGGGAGCAGCUGUCAGAUUGGACUUCAACACUAUUUCAAGUACAGAUUUGCUCAAUGCAUUGAAGACUGUCAUUAAUGACCCUUCAUAUAAAGAGAAUGCAAUGAGAUUGUCAAGAAUUCAUCAUGACCAGCCUAUGAAACCUCUGGAUCGAGCAGUCUUCUGGAUCGAGUAUGUCAUGCGCCACAAAGGAGCCAAACACCUGCGGCCAGCCUCCCAUGACCUCAGCUGGUUCCAGUACCACUCUUUGGAUGUGAUAGGGUUCCUGCUGGCCUGUGUGGCAACUGCUGUAUUUGUCAUCACAAAAUGUUGUCUUUUUUGUUACCAGAAGUUUGCCAAGCCAGGAAAGAAGAAAAAAAGAGAGUAG